AUGGAGAGAUAAUAAGAUUGUAAUGACUUUUAUCUUCAACAUUUAGUGAUAUUUUCUCAAAAUAUUUUAAUGAAAACCAGAAAUUCCCUUUAAUCUAGAACAAUUUACACAUUUAUAAUGGGAAGGAAAGUAUAAAAAUAUGAAAAAAUUUGGAGAAAAAUGAUAUAUUAUUUAAUGUAGAUGGUGAGUAUGAAAAGGGAAUGAAAUAAGGCCAAUUGAAAGAAGUAUUUAAGAAUUACUAACAGUAUUAGUUAUUUUUACACACCAAGCAAAGCCUGAAUCUAUGAAGAAGGAGAAUAUAUUAAUAACUUGAGAACAGGGAUGGAGUGUCAUUUAUGAAAAUAAAUUGAUGUAUUUUAUAAUAGAUAUUCAAAGUGGGGGAGGAUUUUAUAAUGAAUAAGGUCAGAAAAGCGGU